GAUAAACGCGACUGUGGUGCUCCUUGUCAUGCCAUGUUUUUCCCUGAAAAAGAACGUACCGUUCUUAGAUAUUGGGUAGGCUCUUGGGCGGCCGUAUGUGUGGCUAGCUGUUUGUUUACGGUCCUUACUUUCCUCAUAGAUUCCUCACGUUUUCGUUAUCCCGAAAGAGCUAUAGUCUUUUUAGCAGUUUGCUAUUUGGUGGUGGGUUGUGCUUAUGUAGCCGGUUUAGGAGCCGGUGAUUCAGUAUCCUGUCGCGAACCAUUUCCACCACCAGUUAGACUGGGUAGAUUACAAAUGAUGACCACUAUAACACAAGGUCAUCGCCAGUCAACCGCCUGUACUGUACUUUUUAUGGCUUUAUAUUUUUGCUGUAUGGCGGCCUUUGCCUGGUGGUCAUGUUUGGCAUUUGCUUGGUUUUUGGCUGCUGGUCUCAAAUGGGGUCACGAAGCCAUUGAAAAUAAAUCACAUCUUUUUCAUCUUGUAGCCUGGGCUAUACCAGCUCUGCAAACGAUUUCGGUUUUGGCAUUAGCUAAAGUUGAAGGUGAGUAAUAAUUAUAAGAAACAACAGAACAAUGGAAAUAAGAAAUACAUCUUUAAAUAGUAAAACCAUAAAUUUUCAACUGACAUU